CUAGAGUCAUUAUGAAUCGUGAAACUGGUCGAUCUAGAGGUUUUGGCUUUAUUACUUACAGAUACAGUGAUACGGAGUCUGCUUCUGCUGCAAUUCAGGCCCUGGAUCAAAGGGAGUUACAUGGUCGAGUGGUGAGCGUGAGUUAUGCCAAGGAUAGAGCACAAGGAGGUGGUGGUUAUAGAGGUGGAGGCUUUGUGGUGGUGGUGGUUAUGGUUCAGGUGGAGGCUAUGGCAGUGGUGGGGGCUAAUGGUGGUAAUUAUCACGGUAGUGGGGGUUAUGGUGUUGAAAGUCAGAACUUUGGUGUUGCAGGCGGCGUUGAUAGUGUUAGCAGUGGCGGUUAUGGUGGAAAUAGUUAUGGCAGUGGUGGAGGCUAUGGUGGGAAUUCUAUGAGUGGCGGCUAUUUGGGUGUAGAAAAUCAUGGCUCGGCCUCUGCAAGUGGAAAUACUGACUUUGGCCAUAGUGCGGGUGGUGAGGUAGAAGGACACUAUGGGGAUAACAGUAACUAUGGUGUAAAUGAGUUUGCCUCAAGGGGUUGA